AAAAAAAAUCUACAGAACAGAAAGAGGCGCAAAGAGAAAUCAUGGAUUUGACUUCUGUUCAGGGACCUCAAGGUGUUCUUCGCAGCGACUUCUUCACACGGCUAUGCCACAGCAGCCCCACCAAAUUGAGGAGCCUGGAACAAAGAUGGCAAAGGCUUUCGAUCUGGGACACCUUUGGUCACAAACCAGGAAAAUCAAGGACGCGUACUGCGGACGAUGCAGUGCGAGCCUUUAUCAUCGUCAGCCAUACGCAGCUGAUAGCUCAUGCAUACGCUGCGAAGUUGUACCGAACGGAAUUUCAAUCCGAGCAAAAGGGCACAAUCGGAAUCACCCUGUCCGGCAACUGGUCAGAAGCCUGGGAUGAGGAUGACCCACGCGACCAGGAAGCUGCCGAGAGAGCCCGGGAGUUUGAGAUCGCCUGGUUUGCGGAUCCUCUGUACACGACUGGCGAUUACCCUGCCUCUAUGAGGGCCCAGCUCGGUGAUCGUUUACCACACUUCACGCCCGAGGAAUCGAAGCUAGUGCUAGGCAGCUCUGAGUUCUAUGGUAUGAACUCCUACACAACCUUCUUCAUGCAGCAUAAGGAUACUCCUGCCGAUAUCAAUGACCACAAAGGCAAUGUUUUCAUCCACGACACGAACAGUAAGGGCGUCCCCCGAGGAGAGGAGUCUGACACGCCUUGGCUGCGCAUGGCACCAGCUGGGUUCCGUAAGCUGCUCAACUGGAUCUGGUCAAGGUACCACAUACCCAUUUAUGUCACUGAGAAUGGCACUACUGCAAAGGGUGAGACAGCGCCAACAUCGGAACGAUUUUUCGAGGGGUAUGUUGGUGGUCUGGCACGAGCUGUCAAGGAAGAUGGCGUGGAUGUUCGCUCAUACUUUGCCUGGACAUUUACCGACAACUUGGGGUAUGAUUCCCAUCCAUAUCUCCGUAAUGGGCCGCUGGUUACACUGAUCGAUUUGGAUGCACUUUUAUCGACUAUGGAUUCUCCUGAGAAGACUCGCUACCCGAAGCAAUCGGCAUAUUAUCUGGAAGGCACUGUUUGAGCAUUUGAUUGCUGCAUGAUGAAAUGAGAUGAUAGAAGCAGAAAGAAGGGGUAUUUCUAAUCCGGGUGAAACUUGAAGAAGAAAGAGAAGGAGGGGAAAAGGAAGGGGGGGGGGGAAGAAGAAGAGGUUAUACCUAGAACAAAAACACAUAUAUAGAUAAAGUGAUACAAGGUAUAUACAGCUCGUAUAAAUAC